UCCAUUCCGACAUCACUCUCUCUGAAGCGCACUCUGUUUGGUCGGUCUGCCGGGAUGACAUACAAGCAGCUGCUCGGAAAACAUAAUCGCUGAAAUAAUCUCUGUCACGAAUGGUGACUAUGUCGAGGGAGUUCCGUUAAUGGAGCCAGCUUCAUCAAUGGAUUUAUCUCCGGAGGUUUCCAGUGCGCAGUCUGAAAUCAGAGGCGAGAUUGCUUUUGCAGAGGAAAUACGCCUUCCGAGCAGGGGAACAGCCAAUCAGCCGUGGCGAACCAAAGAUAAACAAGCCUUAUGAUCACACAAAACUCUCAGGUUAACCCAGGCUGGUUUCAGCCCUUGUGAACUAUCAUGCUGGCCUGCAUUCAGAGACGGCAGAAUCUCUCAUCGCAGCAUCUCGGCUGUAAACCCAAAAACCUCGAUGUCCAAGCACAGCCAUUACUGCUAUCAGUACCACCGCUGCAGGCCUGCACCCGUAAAGGCGAGCCGGCCUCCAUGGUCUCUCGGUACCCUUCUCCUGCAGAGUUGGAUGCUUUUGCCCAGAAGACUGCCAACAGCCCCCUGUCCAUCAAAAUCUUUCCCACUGACGUGCGGGUGCCACAGCACAAACAGCUGAACAAAACUGUUAACGGCUUGGACACCACAGGACAACGCUACAGUCCUUACUCAAAUCCAUACUCAGGAGGAAACCAGGGUUUGUUAGCCGUCAUCAAAGCCUCUGCGGUGGUCAAAGGUGUACUGAAAAACUCUGAGGGUAGGAGGACUAAACAUGCAAACAGCCAAACUCCCAUGGCACCGUACAAUAAUCCUCUGAAUAACAGCUACACCGUUCGACAUGGGCACAAGGCCUAUCAUAUAAGCUCAUGUAAGCCCCCUGAUGUUCCUGUUGAGGCGGUUUGUUCUAGCGCAGGGAUGGCCUCCGGAGAUCAGAGCCUGGCCCCCCAGUCUGAGCUGGCAGAGGUUCAAAGCAUGAUGAUGAGGCAGAUGAGCAGAGUCCCUCACAGCCAGGCCCUGCAGCUGGGGGGGGAGGCUCGAGCCAGCCCCUCACUGCAGGCCGUGGCUGCUGUGGCGAAUUCAGACUCCGACUUUAUUCUUGGAGUGCCACCCCAGAGCAGUCUGGCAUUCACGGGGGCAGUGAUACCGUCGCAGAGUGUGGAUGGGGGCAAAGCAGGGUAUGUGAAGAACGGAGAGUACACAAUAUGGCAGCAGAAACAUCCAAUCCAGCAGCAGCAGCAGUAUCAGCAGGGAGCAGGGAGGAUCUACAGCAUGAGGAAUAGCGCUCAGGGGCACAGAGCUGCAGACACCAGCCAGUCUCCUGAAAGCUGCCUCCCUUUGGCGUCGUAUAGGCUGCAUCCUGGCAGUUUGGGCACGAGGCAUGAGCGAUCAAUCAGCUCCUCUCUGAACUGCUCCACCAUGCAGGUGGAGCCCCCUGUCGGACAGUUCUUCGUUCCUCUUUGGGAUGGUGCUCUGGCUACUCCUCAUAGCGACUGUUACAAUUCUCAGGUGCUGGCAACGGGUACAUGUGUAGCCAGGCCUAGAAACCCGGGGCUUUCCCACCCCCACCUCCACCCGAACCGCCAUCAACACUACCACCAGCCACAGCUUCACCCUCCUUUUCCUCUUCAUUCCCAGGCCUACAGCACAGACCAAAACCUCUGUUGUGGGCUGCCGAGUAAUAGCCUGUGCCAUGCUGCGGUGCUCAGCAGCAGCCUGCAGUCUCUGGAGUGCCUCAUCAGUGAGAUCCAGCCUCCCUGCAUCAAAGAGCGCAUGCUGGGCCGCGGGUACGAAGCCGUGGGGAUGCCUCAGCUCCUGGAGCACCACCAGCAAGCCCACAUCCAGCUCCCCGUCUACAGAUAAGGACGCAGGGACGCAGCAGAGACAAACCUCUUCUAGAUAAUGGAAGUGUGUCAGCUCAAGGCGUCUAUGAGAAAAAGACAUGCCGUUUUUAGUUUGUGCAUGUACUGUAUUUGUAGAAAGCUUUGUGUUGAAAGCCUAAACUGGUAAAAUGAUAAUCAUGACUUAAGAUACAGGUUUAUCUUAUGGACUCUGUGUUUUAUUUUUAUAUCUUAACUGGCCAUCAAACAAGCCUGCUGUUCCUCGUUUCAUACUGAUGCUGAGUAACUGAUCAGAAUGACCCGUUCCAUUUUAACAUGAGUUGUACAGCUUUGCAGAUGAUUCCUUUGGUUAUGUUUUAAACAUGGAAAGUUGCUGAACUGAAAUAAUCUUAGUACUCUUCUUGAAAAAAAAAAAACACACAUCAAACUUGGAAGGAGUGCUAGUAACGGAUUAUGUGAAUAUGUUGUAUAUUUUAACUUUAUACAGCCAUUUAUUUAAUAGGGAACUUUCCUUUACUAUAAACUGAACUUCUGGUCGUCUUCUGCUUUGUUUUAGAUUCUGUUUUUUUCCCCCCUUACUUGCAGUAACAUACAUCACGCAGUGCCCAUAGCUUGUGCAAUGUGAUGCAAAUCCUUCAUCAACUGGAAAUAUUUUUGAUCAUUUUUAACUAUCUGAAUAUGUUCUCCAGAAACAAGUCAUGUAAUUUAACACCAUUUAGCAUUUUACUUAGUCAUGCUCAGCAUAUUGUAUUAGGACUAUUGCCUAUCCAAAUCAACACUGUGGCAAUUCAGGCCAAGAUAGAUGUGCCCUGUGGUUGUAUUUUCUUUUUUUUAGCUUUUUUUUUAAGCUUUUUGAAAUUUUAAAAGGUUGUGUGGACAUUUUUCUUGAAUGAAAUGUUUUUCCUCUUGAAGGUUAUGACAUAUUAAUAACGUGAGUGUAAUGGAGUGCGACACUGGUAAGAAGGCCACCUGAGUCUUUUAAAAAUAUGUUUUUUUUUUUAGUACGGCUAUACUCUGAUGGAAGGAAAUGUAUGUAUGAUGAUGACAUGUUCUUUGUGUGUCUGCACUGGUUCUGUAAUUAUUAUUUAUUUCUGUUGGCCUGUUCAGUUAUAUGGCAAACUGUCUCUAUAAUUAUGAAGUGCAAUUAUUAUCUAUGAACAUGUGAGCGCUCUCCAUGGAGUAUGUUGUUGAGAUAACUACAUUUUGCAAUGUCUGACCCUAAUCCUUCACCCUCUUUGCCUCUUCUUAAUAAGGAUUGUCAAGUAAAUGAAAUUUUCUAAACCCU